AUUUACACCUCUAAACCCCACAUUUUUUCCGCAGCCUCGCCAGCGCCCCGUCUCGAUCAACAUGGCAAUGCUAUUGGAAUGUCCAUCUCAGAUUGUGCCGAAUGAGGGACAAGUGUCUGUAAAUCCUGGAAUACGAGCAAUGCCACGGCAGCAAUGGGAGGAAUUAAAGCCCCUCAUUGAACAAACGUAUAUCCAGGAGAACAAACCAUUUCCCUAUCUCGCGGAGGUGCUUCGAAGAGAUCAUGGUUUUGAGCCAACAAAGCGUCAAUUCUCUCGAAAGAUUAUUGAGUGGGGCUUCCGAAAGAAUAUACCAAGGGGCGAACGGCGUGUAAUUUUGCAGAGAAUUCUCAAGGGUUCGGAGGAGACGUCCAAUGUCAAAGAUCACAGAUUGAAGCCACAAAAAUUGAAGAAUUGGCAGAGGAGGUACCGAGAUGAAGUUCAAAUGGGGCGUUGCUCCUUGAACCGGGUAGGAAGAAGUUCACCGGAGUCUCUUUUUAUUGGCAGUCGUGAAGCAUCCACGGGACUGAAAGAAAAGGCAAAGUCCCAUGACAAUAACGUUUCCGCGAUCAAGAAUUCUGAUGGGUUGAAUGAGAUUCGAGAGAAAGACUCAGUUGGCAUCUCGUUCCUGGAAAUCCGCCAAAAUACCUUACCCUUCGACUGGUCAAAGGUAGAUGUCCACGGAUUGCCUGGACUAGUACCAUUGUUCAAUGCUUUGCACCUCGAAUGUUAUGCCCCUGGUCAACCUUUAUCUUCGAAUCCGACAGAAUCUGAAGACUCGCCGUGUUUACUCAACUCCGAGUUGCAAGACAUGUCAAGCAACGGAUCAAUUACGACGAUCGACAACAUCAACUCAUGUUUAAUCCUCCAGAGGACGGGUAUUCAGGAUGGCAAGCAUAGAACUGCGUACAAAUCUCCGCAAUAUCCUUGGCGUGACAUCGACAAUGUCUUUUUGGGGAAGUCAACAAGUCCGUUAACUGAAAUAUAUGUUUUCCCACCUUGCCAAGCACCACUGCGGGCAAAAAAGGCCAAUGUGGUGAACCUGUGGGGUUCUCUGACAGCAGAAGCGUCAGAGCUCGAGACGAAGUUCACAAAGCUUGAGGAGCAAUUUGGAGACCACAACCCAGCAGUCAUGGUCUUGAUGGAACAGUUGUCAUCUCUCUACUUCAGACUCGAGGAUUACCGAAAAGCCGAGCAAAUGAAAAAAAGGCUGGCCGAUGUUUACUUCCGGGUCCUUGGGCCCAGCAACGGCAGGACACUGCAGGCGGCUCUCCACAUGGUUACGUCCCUUCUCGCCCAAGGCCAGUAUUUGAAAGCACAGAGCGUGUAUCACACUUUGCGAUCCUCAGUAUUAAACCUUUUCGAAAGGGAACACCCUCUCGCCGUCUUAGCAAACUUUACGCAUGCGAAAAUCUGUAGUGAGCACAGGAGGACGGAAGAAGCAGAGAAAUAUUACCGACAACACCUUCAAAUAAUGCUAUCAGCACAUGGACCAAGAUCAAUCCAUACCAUUCGGGCUAUGUUUUCUCUCGGUGGAGAGCUUAAUAGAAACUCUCCAAAAGAGGCCGAUAUUCUCUUACGACUAGCUGCACAGCUUUCUUUUGAUUUACCACCGGUCGAUGAAGUGCCAUGUCGGGCAUUGCAAUUCGUCGCAAGCAACCUCCACCUACGAGGGGCAUAUGAAGAGAGUUAUCACUUGGUGACGAAGUUAGUGGAAAGAUUCUCUCUCCCUUUGGGUGAUCAACAUCCUACUAUUUGGAGAGCCCGAGAAAAACUAGCUUGGAGUAUGAGAGCUGUUGGCAGAUUACCGGAGAGCAUUAAACUAUUUCGAGCUGUGAUAUUUCACCAAGUAGAAAGGGCAGGAGAAAUCGAUGAGUCCCAAGUGAAUCCUUGGUGUGGGCUUGCCAACGCCCUCAUUGAAACUGGCGAGAUCGAAGAGGCAACGACGUGGAAUGAAAGGGCUUUUGAGACAAAAAUAGGGUUUUAUGGCGGCAGUCAUAAAAGCACACUGUCCACAGCGUACUGCUUGGGAUAUUGCUACUACACGAUAUGUAAGUACGAGGAAGCUUUAAACCUCUAUACCAAAAUGGUACGGAUACUUCAUGAAUGUGGAAAUUGGGGAAAGGAAAUCUGUGCCUUCGAAGCAUACAUCGGACACAUUCAAAGCAAGAUUGGAAUUUCGAAGUAUCAAGCGGUCGAUCAACUUUAAAAGGGAGAGGUAAAAAGCGG